UGAUGAAGUAUAAAAGGAACUUGCUUACACUAUCGGUCAUAGAUUUUAUUCGAUUUUCUAAAAAAAAAAAGACUUGCUUAAAAAUUGUGGAUUCACUUGCUAAAGAUGAAAGCUAAUCAUUCCAUUAAUCUAUACCAUUAAUUCUUGAGAAAAUAAAGUAAAUUUUUAUUGGUAUCAACAAGCCACCUAGAGGGAUUCGAAGAGUACUUAAACCUUAUAUUAUACUAGAUUCCUAGAUGUGUAUAUUAAAUGUGAUGUCAAUCAAAAUUCAUUAGAAGUAUUUGCAUUAUUAUAUGGAGAACUUAAAUUGCCAUAAGAAUACAUCACAUAAUAUAUCAAUUAUUGUAUAGAGUAUUGCAAUAAUAAAAGUAUUUAAAGCUACAUUAUGAGCAAAACAAACUUGUUAGAUAUAUUUCAAUCUAUAUUUAGAAAAUGCUCAAUUAGAAAGCAUUUGUUUCUAAGGAUGUCUUACCAACUUAAUAAUCCUCUAAACUCUUUAAUUAGUUAAAGCAUAAGCGCCAACAUUUUGAUAAAUACAGCAAUUUUUACUAUUAACAUUUUAUAUAUGUUACUUGA